AGUAAUUUUGUUGUAAAAGAAAAAAAACAGGUGCGAUGUUAAGCUCAAUGGUUAAGGAUCAUCAUGCCAAACAAUCAAAGCGAAAACAAGAGCAAGAAAUUCGUCGCAAAGAGGCAAUUGAAGCCUCAAACGAACUUACUCAAUCACUGGUCGAUCAUCUAAAUGUGGGUGUGGCGCAAGCAUAUUUAAAUCAGAAGCGUUUGGAUGCGGAAGCCAAACAAUUGCACGUGGGUGCCACCAACUUUGCCAAACAAACGCACCAGUGGCUGCAGCUGAUUGACAACUUCAGCAGUGCCCUAAAAGAACUGGGAGAUGUGGAGAAUUGGGCGCGCAGCAUCGAAGGGGAUAUGCAGGUAAUACAGCAGAGCCUGGAGCUGGCCUAUAAGACGUCGCGUGCAACACAGGCUGCAACAGGCGCAGCAGCAGCAACGACGGCGACGACGACAACAGCAACAGCAGCUGUCAAUCCAAAUUAAAUGCAUGAAGUGUUCAUGUCUGCUAGCUAUAUAAGUUAAAUAGAACUAAAAAUUUCUUAUAUAAACCUAUACAUAAACAACAUAAAUAUAUUAUAUGUGCUAAAUUGGUUGUGUCAGAGCCCACAACUAAAACGUUCAA